AUGAGUUUGAAGAUGAUCACCCAAGAUGUCCUGCAAGCUGCCAUCGUGCGUGUUCUCAAAAAACACGUCGUGAUCUCAGCCCAACUGAUGAGUUACCGAGUGCUGAUUCACCAGUUCGUGCCCACCGCCAGUGCAAUCAAGCAGUGUCGAGUUCUCGUGCAGGGUAUUUGCGCCGUCACGAAGUCGACCAGGCCCCAGGGUGAACAUUUACGUGGCCUAAGCCAAGCAGACAAGGUGUUGUAA